AUGGAUUCAGUAAGCCGUGGAAAUGGAUCCGAUGAUGAAGUUUUACCCAAUGAUACACAAAAGCGCAAGAAUCAUAAUAAUCGAACUUCUAGACAAGUGGUUCAACAGCUCGAAGAGUUAUUCAAGAAUAACCCCCGUCCAAGUGAAGAAGAGCGAAAUGAAUUGGGCGAAGGCCUUGGGCUUGGCCCCAAGAGAAUAACGACUUGGUUCCAAAACAAACGGAGUAAAACGAAGAUUCAAACUGCAAGAGCUGAGAACGUGGUUCUCAGAGAAGAAAACGAAAGAAUUCAGUUGGAGAAUGCCAUGAUAAGAGAGAGAUUAAGGAACACUAUUUGCCCUGCAUGUGAAAGUCUAACCAUUGAGCAGCAGAAUCAGAAGCAACUAGUUUUGCAGCAGUUGCUCGUUGAAAAUGCUCAAUUAAGAGAAGAGGUCAAGGAUAAAAACUGUACUUCUACUAUCUUUGAUAAUUUAAACUAUAUAUGUUACCUCGUGUCGAGUAGUGCAUCAACUCUUGAGCUUUACAUACUAAUCGAUGAAUCAUUUUUCUCUUUUUAUGAUUCUACGAAAGAAGGCAUGGAUUUCGCAAAUAGCGGAGAUGGAUCUCACGAUGAAGCUUCUGUUGACACGGGAAAAAAGGAACAGCUACAGAAUGAAAGAGAGGAGAAUGAUGCUCUUACAUUAGAAAAUGAGAAACUUCGUAUGGAGAAUCUGAUAAUGAGGGGAAUGCUAAUGGAUCCUUACUGCACAAAAUGUCAUGGGGGACUUACUGAAGAAGAGACAAGGAAACUGCAUUUGCAAGGUUUAGCCAAUGAAAAUGCCAAACUGAAAAAAGAGCUUGAUGAAAAAGUUAGAUUCCUAGCUUAUUUACAUAACAAACGCGGUAUAUGA